AUGGAAAGGUUUGGUGAGGAUAAUUCUGAGAAUGUCAUAUUAAAUUUACCAAAUGUCUUGUUGAAUAAUUCAGAUUCCACAAACACUGUUCCGAACCAAACACCACCAUCAAGUCAACAACAACAACAACAACAACAAAGUUCUCCAAAUCGUCCAUCUGGUGCACCAGCCUCUGCAGGGGAUCAUAGUCGUGAUAAUAAUGAUGCAAACGCUUCAAAUAAUGGAAAUAAUAAUCAAGAUUCUACAACCGCUGAUGAUUCUAGACCUGGAAUCUCUUCCGCUGGUAAUGAUACUACACAAAGAGUUCCUGAAGAACACAUAGAAAGAAACAUGUUGGUUUCUGUUAGUUAUGUUUAUGGAGAUAAUAACAGACCACAAACGGGUGCCGGUGCUACUAAUGGUGCUCAAGAUAAUCAAAGAGGUGAUAGAACAGGUUCAUUGUUGCUAAAUGUUCCAAAUAUCCCAAAUAAUAGAAAUGAAAAUCAACUAAACGCUCUUAUUGAAUUUGCAGCAUCAUUGGCGUUAAGUGCUAUCGCUGCUAAUAUUAGAAGAAAUAAUGGUAUAAAGAAAGAGACUUUUGAAAAAUUAAAGAUUAAAAAAAAAAGUGAAGUUCAUGAUAAAUCAUGUGCAAUUUGUUAUGAUGAAUAUGACGAAGAUGAAAUUUCACAUGGGAAGGGCUUAGAAGAAAACAUUGAUACCAAAGAUGACAAAGAUGAAGAUCUGAAUGGUCAAAGAAAGAGAAAACGUAGGUCAAGUGAUGAUGGUGCUGAAGAAUCACAAGAACCAGGUAGAAAAGUGAGGAGAACUGAAAACGUUACAUCUCCUGCAAUUACAUCCAAUGAAACAGCUGCUAAUCAAACAGCCAUACCAUCAACAUCAGCUUCAACAGGAGAAACCUUAAAUCAGGAAAAGAAAGAAGAAGAGUACAAGCAUGUUCCAUUAGCUUUACCGUGUGACCAUUAUUUUGGGAGAAGUUGUAUUUUCGAAUGGCUGAAGUCAAACUCAACUUGUCCAUUAUGUCGUCAAGCAAUUGUGGAAGAAGGUUCAAAUGAAAGAGGUCCACCAGAUCAAAUUAAUAUACCCAAUAUUGCGUCUUUAUUGAACCCAACAUCCAGAGACCACCCAAUGAUUAUUGUACUAGAUAGAUCAACAAACACAUUAGUUAGAAGGCCAGAAGAACCAUCAAAUACCCCUGCUACUGCUACUGCAGUGCCUCAAGUCAAUACAGAUACCCCAGAGGCUGCUGUUGCAAAUUCUAUUUUAUCAACAUUAUCAUUACCAAGAGUUCCAACCACAGAAAGUCCCCCAGCAAGAAGAGAUCCUUUAAGUGCCUCAAUACUCAGAGGAUUGAGUCAACCAAGAUUCCCAGGUCUGUUCUCUUCAGGAGUUUCUAGUAGAAGAACUGAAACCGGUGUUGAAACGGUUAAUUUAGAUAAUGAUGGAUUAACAAGAAAUGAUUUUGAUAAUAGUUUUUACGAUGAAUCAAGACGUUUGAUUGAAGAAAGACUGAGAAAUAGACAUUUGAGAAAUAAUGUCAUGAGUCCUGCAAAUACAGAGAGUAAUGGUCCACCAUCAGCUGAAGCAAACACUGUAUCACAAUCAUCCAGUCAAGGGGAAACAACAUCACGAGCACAAGCACAAUCACAAGCAGAACCAAGUGAGAAUAAUGAGAAUACUAAUACCCAACCAAAUGCAUAA